AUGUCAUUCAAUUCUCCCGUCCGAAGUACGACAUGGUAUAAUGUCAGUAAAAAAAAUCGUACGGCACCCGGUGCCGAUAGGAUAAGAUCUGAAGAUUUGAAAAAUUUUCCGUCAGUUCUCAUCGACACUCUGACGAGACUCUCCACUUGUUACCUGUCGGAAUGCAAGGUCCCCAAACACUGGAAGACCAGCGAAACCGUGUUGCUGUAUAGGAAGGGAGAUCCACAUGACAUCCACAACUAUCGCCCAAUCUGCUUACUAUCCGUCAUUUACAAGCUCUUUACAACUGUGAUCCUUAAUAGGAUUGAAACGUCUUGCAUGAAGGACAGCCAUGCGAGCAAGCAGGGUUUCGAAAAGGAUUCAGCACCGUUGACGACAUUCACAUUUCAACGAAACUCAUCGAGGUAUCGCGAGAGUACAAAAUGCCACUAUGUUUCACCUUUGUCGGCUUAA